CCCCUUUCAUUGCUUAUAGAAACCUCAGGCGCAGUAUUAACGCUCAAGUAGCUUUUAACCACUGGUAGGGAUAGAAGUGAAGGAAGUUGGUUACACUGAAAUUUGCCACAUCAGAUCACGAAGAAGAAUCUUGGGCUAGUGACGUUGAACUUCAACCAGAGUUGGUGCAUUUCUUCGAGGGAUCGCAAUUAUCAACUCUAUAAAGUUCUCUGUGGAUUUUGUUGUUAUCUAUGAUAAGAUCGGAUUUCGAAAGGUCAACAUUGAUUACUAAAUAAAAGGCAGUUAAGAAAUUUCGUCAUGGACAGCGAAGUUACCAAAGAUGUGGAUUCGCCGAAGAUUGUAGUGCAUGAGACCUCACCCACCAGCUCAGCCCUGAGUUUAGCUAGUACAGCCAUUGCAGAUGAAAUUGAUGUGCUUCCAACCAAGCCACAAAGACACACUGGAGAUGAACAACCGGUUGCAGUUAAUACAGGUAGUGUUCAACAGAUUAAAGAGGACAACACACUCGCUGUAGACUGUGGUACCAGCUGUGUUAUCUCUUUGGAGAAGCCUCAGAAUCAUUCUUCAGAGAACACUGAUCAGGACAGCAUGCCUCCUGCUGCAUACUUCGAGCAUUCCGAUGAUAGUAUGAGAAGCCUGUCUGGAUGGAGCCAAGUGUUUUAUACCUAUCAAAGAUGUUCUGAGAUUAUAGUUGUAUCAAAAUUCCUCCUUCCAUUCCAGUUCCUCCUUCUGGCGAUGCCCAUUUCUGCAGGUUUCAUGGCCGCCAAAUAUAUGGAUAAGUGUCCUUACGGCGUAGCGAUUCCUAUUCUUAUGUUCAUGAUGGGAAUCAUAGGCACCGCUGUCAUUCUGUGUCGGAUGCUUCUCAUUAUCAGGAAGACCCUUCUGCCUCUCUACCCCGACUGGUGGCUCCUUCGGACCAUUAUUAUAUUCGGAAACUUACUCCUGAUUUUGUUUCUGUGCACAGAGAUGCUGUCCUUCUUCCGUUCAAAACCAAGUUUCGACCCUUCAUCUCCCCAUUACUGUCAUGAGGUAUUUUACUUCUUUACUUACUGGAUAAACUGGGCGACUGUAUUUCUUGUUCUUUUAGUCACAUUCCUCCAUGCUCCGUCUUGUACAAUGGACAGUUUACGAACUGAUGAUUUCCACUGACCUGAAUUUAUGUGAAUUUUAAAGAUUUACUGCGUUUUGUACCUAAUAGAUUUGCAAUAAAAAGUACCUUCUGUUGUUUA